CUUAAUUAUGUACUGCUGAUUAAAAUUAUUAAAAAUUCUAGUUGAAUUUGCAGAAUCAAAAUGCCAAACAAAGAAAUUCGAAAUGGAAAAGGAAGGGAUAAAUUGAAACCUUCUAUACGUUUUAAGCAGUUGGCUCGUAGUGCUUUAAUUAACCAACAAUGGUUAUCCGAUUUAAUAGACCAUCAAAGAACAAAGAUACCGUUGUACCGCCCAAAAGUGACAGGAAUACUUACAAACAAUGAAAAAAAAAUUUUGCAUAAGUAUCGAGAACUCCGAAGCGAUUCAGAAAGAGAAUCUUUGGUAAAUCUAAUGGCCCAUCUCACUGUUUUUUCGCAAAUACCCCCAAAAUUACGAGCUCGCUUGGCACCGUAUGCAUAUUUCAUAAUUCUUGGCCCGAAACGAAAAAUAAUAGAACAGGGAAGAGAACCUGCGACGGUUUAUUUUGUGCUUACUGGCGAUAUAACUGUGACAACGAAAAUAUGGAAUUCAGUAAAAAAUAAAUAUAUUGAAAGAGUGGAAUACUUGAGCGGACCCGGCGAAUGGUUAGGAGAGAUUGAUUUCCUUGAAAACCAAAAGAGACGACAAACAUUCACGAGUAAAUGUAAGUAA